AGCAGCAUUCCGAUCUCCUCCACCUCUCUGACGGCGAACAGCGCGUAGCCCGCCGCGUGCUCGAACAACACACGGAGCACAACCUGCACAAGAUAAAUCAGAAACAGGGUUUGACACAACUUAAGGCGUCGGAGGGAAGCUUCCUGCUAGACGGAAGUGUUAACACUAGACUGCACGUGGUCACCAGGAGGCAGCCCUAAUUUAGGAGCAUGGAGCAGCGUUCCUGAAGGAGCCUCUUAAGGAGCGGAUGUGAGGGAGGACAGAGCCCAGCCUUGACACUAGAAGGUCUGAUAUAAAGACCGACUGGGACAGGCUGACUCUCAGACCGCCGGAGUCCUCCUCGUUUACAGGAACGCUUCCACAAACAGCUGGCCGACGCAGCACACAACAUUUCUGCUGUGACUCCCCCGACUCAAGUCACACUCACACGGUGACAGGAUGAGCAUGCGUGGAACGGUGGCAGGUUGCAUGGUGCUGGUGUUCAUGCUGGUGUUCCUGGCUGAGAGGACAGAGGGACACAUUACGUUCUUCAGCCCAAAGGAGAUACAGCUGAUGAAGGAGCGAGAAGGUAAGAAGGACACGGGGCCUCGGUCAGACGACGGUCCGUUUGAGGAUGUCACUGUUCGGCAAGCUCCUCGGAUGGAGCGUGAUCCCAAUCCCGAAAACUCGUUGGAUUUAGAUGUCCGUCUAUCACCCAAACAGCUGGUUCGUGUGGCUCCGGUGCUCGAGGAGAAAUAGUGGAGGGGCUUCAGAAAGGUAUUAUGAUAUCAGUGUGUGGCACAUUCUUCAGUUUUUACAAUAAAGAUGAGUGGAAACCUGCAAGGAAUGACCAAUGUCUGUCUCUGCAGCCAAGUUGCAAGGCCAAGGGCACAAGAGGACCAACGCUGUAGAAAUAUAAGCAUUUUGUUGUGUUUGAAUGAAAUAAGCCAAUAAAUUAAAGUGAUUGUA